CCUUCCUUCUCCUCUCUCUAAAUAAUAAAUAAAUAAAUACGAUCUAAAAAAAAAAAAAAAAAGAUUCUGAUGGCUCGUGUUAUACAUGUAAAAUGAGGAAGGAAACCGGGUAUAAGAAAGCAGAAGGACAUUUGCUUCACAUGUUCUUCAUGGGCUGAUCUAAUGACUGCCUCAAUCAGAAGACACUGAGCUGAGUAUUCUCCCAAACAAGUGAGACUGGAAAUCAUGAACACCACGGAGAUGAAGGGCUUCAAUGGGUCUGAGCGGUGCCCCAGAGACACACGGGUAACCCAGCUGGUGUUCCCAGCCGCCUACACUGUCGUUUUCCUCGCCAGCAUCCUGCUGAACACUUUGGCCCUAUGGGUGUUCGUUCACAUUUCCAGCUCCUCCACCUUCAUCGUCUACCUCAAAAACACUUUGGUGGCUGACUUGAUAAUGACACUCAUGCUUCCGUUUAAAAUCCUCUCCGACUCACACCUUGGGCCUUGGCAACUCAGAGCCUUUGUGUGUCGUUUCUCCUCGGUCAUCUUUUAUGAGACCAUGUACGUGGGCAUCAUUCUGCUGGGCCUCAUAGCCUUCGACAGAUUCCUCAAGAUCAUCAGACCUUUUGGAAAAUUUUUUGUUCAGAAACCUGCUUUUGCAAAAAUGGUCUCCACCCUUGUCUGGUUCCUUUUGUUCCUCAUCUCUCUGCCAAACAUCAUCUUAAGCAACAAGGAAGUCACACCGUCUUCUGUGAAGAAGUGUGCCUCCUUAAAGGGCCCUCUGGGGCUGAAAUGGCAUCAAGGGGUGAAUUACGUAUCACAGUUCAUUUUCUGGACCGUUUUUACCUUAAUGUUUCUGUUUUACGUGGUGAUUGCAAAGAAAGUAUAUGAGUCUUAUAGAAAGUCGAAAAGUAAAGACAGCAAAAACAACAAAAAGCUGGAAGGUAAAGUAUUUAUUGUUGUGGCUGUCUUCUUUCUGUGUUUUGCUCCAUUUCAUUUUGCCAGAGUUCCAUAUACUCACAGUCAAACCAACAGUAAGACUGACUGUAGAUUGCAAAAUCAACUGUUUAUAGCUAAAGAAACAACUCUCUUCUUGGCAGCAACUAACAUUUGUAUGGAUCCCUUAAUAUAUAUAUUUUUAUGUAAAAAAUUCAGAAGGCUAUUACAUAUGAGGGGAAGAAAGACCACAGCAUCAACCCAAGACAAUCAUACUAGUCAGACAGACAAUAUAACCCUAAGCUGAUAACUUUAUCAUGGUUCACUUCUAUUUUGGGGCUAGAUUUCAAAAAAUGAUUUAUUUGGAAAUUACAUUUAAGCAGUAUAAGAGGAUUACAACGAAUGCUUUCUUACACUUUAUUAUCCUGAUGUACAGAAAGCAUUAUAUAAAUUUUUAAUUUCACAUAGAUCUAUUCAUAAACAGAAUGACGUAUCAUUAAGAGAACACCACAGAAAGUAAAUGGCCACUACAGAUCUUUUCAAAAACUCACUUAUAUUUUAUAAGAGAUUUAUUGUGGACAAAUGUAAAGUCCUUAAAACCACACCUCCUAAAUACCUUCUCACA